AUGGGGUUUCAUAUACAAAGAUAUAUUGCUAUGAUGGGGAGAGGGAUAAAUCCCAAAACAUGGAAAAGAAUGUGGGUAGAUUGUAAAGAUAAGCAAAUAAUACAUUUAUACAAUGGUAUGGCAGAAUUUACGAAUACACAGAUUGCCCAAGUUGCUAGAGUCUAUCAUUAUAGGUAUUGGUGGUGGGCCAAUCCAUUUGGUAUGGGACUAGUUUUUUAUUUAGGAUAUAAAGCAUGGUAUAUGGUAUAUAUGAAUCACAAACAAAGAAAAGUAGCACAAGUUGUUGCUUCAGCUUAUGGCCAAGGUGGACAAUGGCUUAAUCCAGUUCCAAAAUAA